AUGAAUAAACAAGCUAUAUUGCCCCAGGAGCAUGGUCUCUCCACCGUGGAUGCGAACACCGGAUUUGUGCCUAUGGACACCUGCCAAGGUGAACCAAUCCACCAUGAAGGUCUUCAUGUCCAGAGCAUGUACUCCGGACUGAUCCGAGACUGGGCGUCCGGAGCCUCUCAGCCAGCCCAUAUCCCAUUCCAGCCUUCGACACCCUCUAUGGGCAUUCAAUACGGCGGCCUGCACCAUAGUCAGCGGACCUGCGUCCCUCAGCAGAUGCAUAACGGCUUUGAACAGGAUAGCGGAACCGACGGAGGCCGUUUCGACGAACCCAUUGCGUCUGAUGUAUUGGUGGGAAGCCCACCAAACCAUCUACAUGGAGCCGACAGCAACUCUCUACUUUCGUAUAGUCUCCCACCCGAUAUCAACCCGGCUACGGUCUACAACUCUUCGACCAGCCCGGCAUCGUACGCGCCCGGGACUACAGAUCCAAAUCGGCUACCGCCUAAUCAGGCUUCUGUGUAA